AUGUAUUUUACAACAAACGGCACCACAACCAAUGGGGUCAACGGCCACCACUCGGACUCAGAGCCGCGACCCCUCACCAUCACAAUAUGCGGUGCGGGCAUUGGUGGCCUAUCCGCAGCAAUCUUCCUGCGUCGGCAAGGCCACACCGUGACUCUGGUCGAGGCCUCGCGCUUUGCAAACGAGCUGGGCGCCGCCGUACAUCUGGCCCCCAAUGCCAACGGCCUGCUGCGCCGCAUAGGCAUCAUCCCGGAAGAGCAGGGCGCAGUGGAAUGCAAGCACAUCUCGCAGUGGUUUCCCGACGGCAGGACAAUGUUUUCUUUCGACUUGGGCAAGGACGCGGUGAGAUGGCAGCAUCCAUGGCAGCUGGGACACCGCGUGACUCUGCACAACGAACUGAAGCGGCUAGCGACUUGCCCCGAAGGCCCUGGUACACCAGCGGUUCUGAAACUGCGCUCCAAGGUUCUCGAUGUCGACCCGGAGCAGGGGCUUGUGAUACUGGAGAGCGGCGAGAGAAUCCAAAGUGAUGUCGUCGUCGGCGCUGACGGCGUCCACUCCAAGACGCGAGCUCGUCUCCCCGGCGCAGACAAGUUCAAGGUCUUUGGCAGCGGCAAGAGCGCAUUCCGCUUCAUGGUCUCGCGGCAACAGGCGUACGACGAGCCUCAGACACGCAAGUUUGCGGAGAAAGACGGCCAUCUGAUCAUGAUUGCGGGCCGCGACAGGAAAGUCGUCAUGUACCCGACGUCAGGCGGCACACUGCUCAACUUUGUGUGCAUCCACCCGACGGCCGAGAGCCAGAUCGAUCCCCAGGGCGCAGCAAAAGGUGACUGGCAGAACCAAGGUAACCUCGGCAUGAUGCUAGAGGUGUACAAGGAUUUCGAGCCGGCGGUCCUCAAGCUGCUCAGCAUGGCCGACGAGGACACGCUCAAGGUGUGGGAACUGCUGGAUAUGGGGCAACUGCCUAGCUGGACACAUGAGAAACUCGUCUUGAUUGGAGACGCCGUGCAUCCUUUUACGCCGCACCAGGGCCAGGGCGCCGCUCAAGCAAUCGAAGACGCAGUCUCCCUCGCCAUCAUGCUUCCUCUGGGCACUACAACCGACACGAUUCCCGAGAGACUUCGUCUGUACCAAAAGUGCCGUCUGGAGCGCGCCACCACCAUCCAAGAGUUCUCGCGCCUAUCCGGCCGAGACCUAGGCGUCGGCCCGCCAAUCGACCACCAGAAACUCUCAGAUUACAACUUUGGCCACGACGAAUGGCACUUUUCCACCCAGGCGCUGCGAGAAUGGGAAUGGGAAAAGAAGAAGGAGAGCGGUUCUCUCCUGUGGCGCAUGCCAACGGCUUUUGGCCCCAUGCCUGGUCCCCGUCAGGAUUUCCUCGGGCGCCCCCGCAACGGCGCAAAUGCUACGUUUACUACGACGAGCGUCCGCUUCAAGACGAGCAGGACUAUCCUGGAAAACCUGCUGCCGGGCAAGAACCUCACGUUUGCUGCCGCAGACACCGUUGCAUACGCCACGUUUGCCGCGACGCAGCUAGGCAACCUCGAGUGGCUGGGCGGAAGAGGCUACACGCAUUUCGGGCUGUACAUCCACGGCAUCUCGUACACCAAAGCCGACGGCGAAACCGUCAUCGGCAGCUAUCUCCCUGUUCUAUUCGAGAAUCUGGCCGACCCUAUUCUGAGCGGCAGAGAGGAACUCGGGUUCCCGAAGCUGUUUGCCGAUCUGGCGGUGCACAAGGCUGACGACGGCAAGUGGCGCCUCGACGCCAGCUGGAUGGGCGAGAAGUUUUGCGCGCUGGAGCUCGAAGGGCUGCAGGACGAAAAUACUGCGACGACGAACGGCCACGCAAAUGGUGUGACAAACGGCACUACUACUACCCCCAGAGACGACGGUCUCCUGCUGCAAAAAUACAUUCCGGCUACCGCUAGCCCCGGUAGCAAAGUCCGCGGUCAGCCUGACGUCGAGUACACGACUUUUGUCUCCAACGCCGACGACGCAAAAACCGUAACCAGGUCCGUCCAAUCAACCGCAAAGGCUUCCAAAGCUACCAUCUCGUUUGACCCCCGCGACUGGAAGGCUCUGCCCACGCUGCACCAUGUUGUCGAGCGCCUGGCCGAGAUCCCCGUGUACGACGUUGUCGAGGCCAAGAUUGUCACUGGCACGGGUGUUAGUGAUGUGAGUUGUGUGCAGAGGCUUGUUUAGAUGAUCAUGAUCAUAAUUAUGAAGCAAUUAAGAGACGUGGGGGGGGUGACAUGAUACAUGUAGUCGUCGUGUGCUGUAUAUAGUUUCAACCGGUUUUUUUCUUCUUUCUUUUUCUUUUCGGCAUCAUGUAUGUUUAUGGAAAUUUCAGAUACUUUUGAGAGAGAGAGAGAGAGAGAGACAGAAAGAAAGACUAGAAACAUGGGGCAUUUCAACACUUGCUGAUUUAUUUUUUUUUUGGCUUUUCUUGCAUACGGCAUGCAAGUUUU